AUGAAGGUCCUUCAGUUUCUUCGACACAAGGCCCUCCUCAUUUCUACCAUUAUCGCCGUUGUACUGGGAAUUGUAGCUGGUAUUAUGUGCCGGUCUCUCAAGCCAACCCCUGACGCUAUUCAGUUGGUGCAGUUUCCUGGAGAGCUUUUCCUUCGUAUGCUCAAGAUGCUGAUGCUGCCCCUGAUAGCCGCCAGUAUUAUUACAGGUCUGGGGAAUAUGAAGGGUUCAUCUGCCGGACGGAUGGGUGUACUUUCUAUGGUUUACUAUGCAAGUACCUCUGUUGCUGCAACGCUCGUUGGUUUGGCAUUAGUCCUGAGCAUCAAACCUGGAUCAUACUCAGACUCAGCAACAACCCACAUUCAACACAAUGAUGCCAUGGCGUCAGCAAUCGAUAUCAUUUUGGAUUUAAUGAGAAACAUAGUUCCUGACAAUUUAGUUGCUGCUACAGUCCAACACUCUAGAACUGAGACGGUAGUUCAUGAAGUAGAGUUCCGGGACGAUGUCAAUUCCAGUUCUGGUGGUGAUUAUAGGAAAUCCACCAACCUAAGCCGACAUUUUACAGCAAAGAAAACGGUGAUGGUUGAUGGUGCAAAUGUCAUAGGUGUCAUUACCUACUGCAUUGUUUUCGGUGUGACUCUAAACCAACUUGGAUGUCGUGGAGGAGUGGUGGCACAAUUCUUCACCAUCAUCAACCUCGUUACCUUCAAAAUGAUCACACUUGUCAUGUGGUAUUCACCAGUUGGCAUCCUGUUUCUCAUUACUGGACAAAUAAUAUCCACAACUGACCUGACGGAGACUGGACAAACACUGGCUAUCUAUAUUGCAACUGAAAUGGCUGGAUUGGCGAUCCAUUUAUUGGUGGUCCUUCCUGGCUUGUAUUGUGUUCUGACCAGAAAGAACCCAUAUGCAAUAUACCUCAAGGCAAUACAAGCUCUAAUAACAGCCUUGGCAACAAGCUCCAGUGCUGCCACGCUGCCGGUGACGAUGCAGUGUGUGGAGCAGCGGAUGAAGAUGGACACACGGAUUUCCCGUUUCAUCCUCCCAGUGGGUGCCACAGUCAACAUGGACGGCGGUGCUGUGUUUGCUGCCAUUGCUCCGAUGUUCAUUGCUCAGUACAAUGGGAUCAGCCUCACAUUCGGAGAUGUAAUAAUUAUAAGGGAUCGUUUCCGCACAACGGUUAAUGUGGCCAGUGAUUGCCUGGUUGUUGGAGUUGUCUCCCAUUACACUAAACUGUCCCCAAGUGACACAUCAGAGACUCAAGGCGAGCCUCUGCGGGAGGAGCAGGAGAUGCUGGAGAAUGACCUGGUGUGA